AAUAAGCACCUUCAUGAAAAUAACUCAAGUCCCCAUCCUUAAUCCCUGCCUAUCCUUUUUUAUCUGAUGGACUCAGCGAGGGCUGGAAGAUCACAGUGUGGCUGAAAACAAAAGGGAGUUAACAAGAUGUGACCGGCCGAUGGACAGAACAAUAGGCGAAGCCCUGCACGCAGCCUAGCCCAGGUGUGCCCAUGCCCAGGUGCCAUGCGGCUGGCGGUGACUCUGCUGUGCUGCUGGGCGCUGGCGGGGCUGCCCCGGGCCGCCGGCUCCUGCCCCUCGCAGUGCAGCUGCGCCUUCCACAGCCUCGGCGACGGCACCAAGGCCAGGACAGUGCUGUGUAAUGACCCAGAGAUGACCCUCCCUCCUGUGAACAUCCCUGUUGAUACAAGCAAGCUUCGGAUAGAAAAGACAGCGAUCCGCAGGGUGCCAGGAGAGGCUUUCCACCUGCUCCACAACCUGGAGUACCUCUGGAUGCCCUAUAACUCCCUGGGCAGCCUCAGCAGCAUCACCUUCAAGGGCCUUCGUCGUCUGCAGGAGCUGAGGCUGGAUGGGAACAACCUGAUCUCAUUCCCCUGGGAGAGCCUGGCUGGCAUGCCCCAGCUGAGGCUCCUGGAUUUGCACAACAACGAACUCACCUCAGUCCCCCCAGAUGCUGCUCGUUAUGUCAGGAACAUCACAUACCUGGAUCUGUCCAGCAAUAAGCUGAUGACUCUUCCUCAGGCUCUCAUUGCCACCUGGGCCAACCUCCAGGCUGUUCCCUACUUCCCCAAUGACAACUCCAAGAUCAUCCUAGGUUUGCAAGACAAUCCUUGGGUGUGUGACUGCAGUCUGUACGAAAUGGUGCAUUUCCUAAAUUUCCAGUCUCCUAACAUAGCCUUCAUUGAGCCCAGGCUGAAAUGCUUCACCCCCAGGAGCCUUGCAGGAGUCUUCUUCAGCCAGGUGGAGCUGAGGAAGUGCCAGAGCCCCGUGGUGCACACGUCUGUGGCCAAGGUGAAGACCAUCCUGGGCAGCACGGUGCUGCUGCGCUGCGGCACCACGGGCGUGCCCAUCCCCGAGCUCAGCUGGAGGAGAGCUGAUGGGGCUCAGCUGAAUGGCACAGUUCACCAAGAGAUUUCCAGUGAUGGGAUGAGCUGGUCUAUCCUGGGCCUGCCUGUAGUCUCUUACCUUGACUCUGGAGAGUACAUCUGUAAAGCAAAGAAUUUCCUGGGGGCAACAGAGGCCUUCAUCUCGCUCAUCAUCACAGACUCAGAAAGCACGGAUGACCCUAACUCUAGUGCCAAAGGCACGUGGAAUGGCAAGGCCAGCGGGAUGGAGGCAGCUGCCUACAAUGACAAACUGGUGGCCAGGUACGUUAUCACCACCUCCACCGUGCCCACGCUGGGGGCUGGGGCGGGCACCGGAGACAGCGUCCUCCUCCCGGACACGGCUCAGGACAGCAACCCCCAGAACCUGCUGGUGAGCCCCACCAUGGGCCAGCAGGAGCCAGAGAGGAUGGUGAGGUCUGUCAGGGUCAUAGGGGACACGGACCAGAGCAUCACCCUGGCCUGGAAGGCGCCUAUGGCAAAGAACACCACGGUGUUCAGCGUCCUUUACGCCGUCUUUGGGGAGAGGGACAUGCGGCGGAUCAACGUGGAGCCAGGCAAAACCAAGGUCACUCUGUAUGGGCUGCUGCCAAAGACCAAGUACAUCGUGUGCGUCUGUGUGAAAGGGCUGAUCCCCAGGAAGGAGCAGUGCAUCAUAUUUUCCACAGACGAAGUGGUCAGUGCAGGAGGGACGCAGAAGCUCAUCAAUGUGGUUGUCAUCAGCGUGGCCUGUGUCAUUGCUGUUCCUCUGACCCUGGUGGUCUGCUGCGGAGCCCUGAAACGGCGCUGCAAGAAAUGCUUUGUGCGCAAGCCCAAGGACGCGCAGGAAUCGUACGUCACCUUCGAGAGCCUGUCCCCUGGGGCCAAGGCCAAGGGCGUGGAGGGAGAGUACCUGACCAGGCACACCCCUGACGAGUCCAACAGGCUGCUCUCUGCCCGCUCCAGCGUGGACUCGGAAGCCAUACCAAAGAUAGAGGGACAGCCCAAUGAAUACUUCUGCUGACAGUACCUAGGCUGGCUGUCAGCUCGCCCAGGGGGAAGGGGGUGGCUGUUCUGUGACUCUGCUCCAGCCCUGCACACCACCCUGUCCAUGCUUCUGUCUCUGACACGUUCUGGAAGAGGAUGCAAGAAGACAGACAGUGCCCAAGCUUUACAGAAACAUGUUGCUCACACCACUUGGGGUUGGCUGCUUUGUACACAGUCAAAAGCUUCUCCGAUAAUGGCCUCGUUGUCCUGGACCACCUUUUUUUAGGUUUUUUUUUCUUUUUCCUGUCAAAUGAAGUGUGCACACUAAGUGUAAGGACAUUAAGAAACAUUUCUGAGUGUGCUCUGGUUGGUAUUGUUUAGGACCUGCUCUGCAGUAUGCUAUGUAUUUUAAUCUCAGCUCUUUUGAUGUUCUUUUCGUUGACAAGCCAAGGGAGUAUUUAGUAAUUUUAAUAAAAACUUAAGAAGGUGAAGAUUGAGAGUCUCACCUUUUACAUCCCCCAUGUUUGCAUGAAACAUGCAGCUAGAUCCUUAAUAGAUCACUAAAUAGAGAUGUACAGCAACCCUUUCUAAUAUGUCCAACAUAAUUACAACUCUAUGCUCUGAAUUCAGAGAAAUGUGCAAAGGAGAUAGAAGUGAAGAGACAAAACCCAAUCCACUCCAAAAACUGCAUAAUAGAGAGCAUUUGCUGAUUGCAUUUUGGGCCUAAACUCUGUUCUAAAGAUAUGGAACAAUAGCAAAGGUCUUUCAGUAUCAGUCCUAGCUGGCAUUCUAUGUCUGUAUUGUAAUUAGUAGAAUAUGUUUUAUACCUCGUGUGCUAGAUUACAAUCAUACAGCAGCCUACUCUGCACAUUGUGUGUGGUGGUGUAAUGCUUUGCAAUCGUACUGGAAAACCUACAUUAGACAGUUUUGCAAAAAUCUCCAGCUCUGUCACUGCUGCCUGUACUCCUGGCAAAACUGAUGGUGAAGGCCCACAUGAUCAGCCAGGUAAUUGUGACCUGGUCAUGGAAAGAAGUUGCUCUGUACAGAGCAGGAGAAAGUGAUGUGGUGUGAGACCACUGGCCAUGCACACAUCAGCCAUUCCUGAUUAUGCUCUCAGUGGUAGCAGACGCUCAAUGAAGUCUUUUUGGGUUUCAAACAUUUUACAAAUUCAAGGACCCUGAAAAAAACCUGUCCAAUAUUAAUCUAAAUGCACUUUCAUAGUCAGGGUGAACUGAUCAGUCAUUUAAGUUCUGCAGCUUCAUUGGAAUUUGAAUCUGAGUGCUUAUCACAAACUAAUUCCCAGAUGUGUAAUUUUCCA